CGGUGACAGUGUGUGUUCGUCGUUAUAAUUUUGAUUCCAUUUUUGAAAUACAUAAUAAAAGUACAGAUUCUCUUCUAACUCAUCAAAUAAACUUUUUUUCUGGUUGAAAAAAUAUUUUUUAAUCGAAAAAAUUGAAGUUCGCCGUGGUCAACGAGCUGGCACCGUAAGGAUCAAAUUCAGAGGCUACAAUUUUCAUCGAGAUUCGAGGUACAACGGAGCGAUCCAACGAUACGUAUGUGCUGAUCGAACCACUGAAGCUCGAUGCCGAGUAAAAUUAUGGCGAUUUGGCAAUGAUGAGCCAGUAGUUGUUGGUGAACAUUUCCAUCCGCGACCAACAAUUGAUGAGCGCUCAGAAGUAAUAAACAGAUUGCAACAGAGAGCAAUGCUCGACAACUCCCUACCUAAUGUGGUAGUAGAUGGAGUAUUCAGAGGAGCAACAUUUUUUUUUUCGAGGUGCUGACUCAAAAUCUUGUAGAAUUUUGGUGACUGGAUAUGGUUAGGUUACCAAUGGUGAGAGCAAUGGAAAUGCGGCCAGAAGCUGCAAGACGUCACGUUCACCGUGAAAGACGUUUACAUCAACCACCAAUCCCAAGAACCUUUCAUGCGCUUGGUGACAUGCUAAAUGCUUAUCCUGCUGUUGAAGGUAUUUUUUGCGAUACGAGAGUUGCCACAGACGGAUCCGAGGUGCACAUAUUUGGUGCAAUGAAUAUGAUAAAUCGAUUAAACAACUGCACCGAGUUGUACAUUGAUGAGACUUUUAAAGGAGUACCAGUGUUGUAUGUUCUGUGCAGCUCCCGUACCACCUCCAUGUACACUGCAGUAUGGGAUUUUAUCAUCGAAAGGGCAAAUAAUAUACAGAACAGCUUACAGUACGUGAUUACAGAUUUUGAGGCUGCAAUAAUUUCAUCGAUACGGACGUCUUUUCCUUUAGCUCGGAUUCGAGGAUGCUGGUUCCAUUGUAUCAGGCGCAACUUAAAAAUAUUAUCCAGGAUAUGGAAAUUCAAUGACAACGUCUAGCGAAAUCAUGAUAUCCGCAUUCGUAAUCUCCAAGCUGGUUUGAGUUCUGGAAGGUUUACAUUACGAUAAUUUCUGACUUCUGUUGUAAACCAAGAUUUACACCAAUCAACGUUCAUGAUCAUUGGUAGAAAUGAACGUGAGUGUACAUACGUUUAAUUUAAUUACAAUUUUAAUAGUGUUAAUUUAGGCAAACUAAAAAUUUUAAAACUUAAAAAUUUUUUUUUUUUAAUUUAUAAUUUUCAAUUUUUUUAAAUUUCUCGUAAGAAAUUAAAAAAAAAGUUUUUUUUUUUUAAUGGGCAAUUUAUUUAUUUCAUGAUGGAUAAAUAAAUUAUUGAAAAAUGACGAUAUGUACGUCUAAGAAAUAAUAAGUACCAUAAAUUUCCAUAAAUCAACAUUUAUAAUACCCAUGUCUACCAUAUCAUCAUCUUUAU